UCCCCGCGGCCGGCCAUGUCGUCCAUCCUGCCCUUCACGCCGCCCAUCGUCAAGCGGCUGCUGGGCUGGAAGAAGGGCGAGCAGAACGGGCAGGAGGAGAAGUGGUGCGAGAAGGCCGUCAAGAGCCUGGUGAAGAAGCUCAAGAAGACCGGGCAGCUGGACGAGCUGGAGAAGGCCAUCACCACGCAGAGCGCCGGCACCAAGUGCAUCACCAUCCCCAGGUCGCUGGACGGUCGGCUGCAGGUUUCCCAUCGAAAGGGUCUCCCACAUGUCAUCUAUUGCCGGCUCUGGCGGUGGCCGGAUCUUCACAGCCACCAUGAACUGCGCGCCAUGGAAAUGUGUGAAUACGCAUUCAACAUGAAGAAGGAUGAAGUCUGUGUGAAUCCAUAUCACUACCAGAGAGUGGAAACGCCAGUAUUACCUCCAGUGUUGGUACCACGACAUGCGGAAAUUCCAGCCGAGUUCCCUCCUCUCGACGAUUACAGCCAUUCCAUUCCCGAGAACACAAAUUUCCCAGCUGGCAUUGAACCUCAGAGCAACUACAUUCCAGAGACACCGCCUCCUGGAUAUCUGAGCGAGGAUGGAGAAACCAGUGACCAUCAGAUGAACCACAGUUUGGAUGCAGGUUCUCCAAAUUUAUCUCCAAAUCCGAUGUCCCCUGCACACAAUAAUCUGGAUCUCCAGCCAGUCACCUAUUGCGAACCGGCCUUCUGGUGCUCCAUUUCCUACUAUGAGCUCAACCAGCGAGUUGGAGAGACGUUCCAUGCAUCCCAGCCCUCGAUGACCGUGGAUGGCUUCACCGACCCGUCCAACUCGGAGCGCUUCUGCCUUGGCUUGCUUUCAAACGUAAACCGCAACGCAGCCGUGGAACUCACCAGGCGGCACAUUGGGAGAGGAGUGAGGCUGUAUUACAUUGGAGGAGAAGUUUUUGCCGAGUGCCUUAGCGACAGUGCCAUAUUUGUGCAGUCCCCCAACUGUAACCAGCGCUAUGGCUGGCACCCAGCUACCGUGUGCAAGAUCCCACCAGGCUGCAACUUGAAGAUAUUCAACAACCAAGAGUUUGCAGCCCUGCUGGCUCAGUCUGUCAACCAGGGCUUCGAGGCGGUCUACCAGCUGACGCGGAUGUGCACCAUCCGGAUGAGCUUUGUCAAGGGCUGGGGGGCUGAGUACAGGCGGCAGACGGUCACAAGCACGCCCUGCUGGAUUGAGCUCCACCUGAAUGGCCCCUUGCAGUGGCUGGACAAGGUCUUGACCCAGAUGGGCUCCCCGAGUAUCCGCUGCUCCAGCGUGUCUUAAAGGACAUGGAAAGUGGAAUCAGGUCAAAGCUUGAGUAGGGACAAAAUCAGCCAGCCUCUUACUUGGUAAUUUACAAAUAACAGAAUGAAAAUGAGCAUUUAGGGUAGUGGCCGUGUUCUUCCAAGGCCCAGGCCCUUCUUCUGUUCACUGAAAGAUUUUGUUUUGGCAUCGUUGACAUGAGCAAAGACUUCAGAACAUUAAUGUUCAGCAAAUCUACCCAAAUCUUUGAGAUGCCCGGCAGGGUCCUACCCUAGGCCACUGGAGGAAAGCCUCGGCUACAUUGGCAGCUUGGAUUUCCAAUUUAGGGCAGCCAGACUCUGGCGUGACGGCUCCUAGUCACGGCUUUGCGAGACCUGGUGGCUCUUGGCAACAGUUUGGGGGGGGGAGACUACGGAGCACGGAAAAUGUUCUGUCUCCCCCCUGCCCCUUCCUGCCUCUUCAUGCAAAAAUUUCCACUUAGUGCCAGGCAUGGGGAGCAGCUUAGGAACUGCCAAGACAUCUUCUAACAUUUCUUUUUGAGCAUUUGCCUUGGCAACUGCGUGUUCUUCUCUGCCAACCAUUUGCCAAAAUGGGGAGGAGUGGAUUUUCCUCCACAUCUGCAGCCACCUGAUUGAUACACCUGCCAUUAACUGAUGCACAUCCCAAGGAAGAAGCUGCUGC